CUCUGAUUGGCUGCGUCGGCGUCGGUGCAAGGAUUGUUGUCGGCUCAUUUUCGAUACGCAGCUCAUGACGGCCGCGAGGACGACCGCGCGGGCGGCCACCGAGUGCUACAACCGCACGGAGCCGGCGGCAAAGCGUCCGACAAGCGUAUGGUGCUACGACGAUGGCGCCAUGACCGUCGACAUCCAAGCGGCCGGCGGAAUCGCGAUCGACGCAUCGUCCUGGGCCGCCAUGAACCUCUCCCAGCUCACCAUCAAUGGACAUGGACUCUCAUGGUCGUUUGAGCCACCGGCCAACCUCACGAACGUGGUGGCCUUGACGCUGAAUGGUCUCUCGAAUGUCUCGAGCUUCGAAUCGCUGCAAGCCCCGAUGGCGAGCCUCUUCGUCCUCCAGAACUCGACCGUGACGUCCCUCUCGCUGCAGAACUUCACCAAGUUGGCUUAUGUGAACUUUGUCGACGUGCCUAACCUUGAAGUCGCGACGCCCUUCAACGUCUCGGCCCCACCGCGCGCGUUCAUCUCGGACGCCCCGCGCCUCAACACGACGCUGUGGCUUCCAUCCAACGACAGCAGCAAUGACCACGAGCAACCUAAGAAUCGAGGCAAUGAUAACGAGACCGUUUCUCCUGCGACCGCAGCGGCCGACGGCAGCACCAUGAGCGCGCUUCUCGUCAUUGCCAUCAUCCUCAGCGUCGUCGCCGCCUUUGCGUUUGUCGUCGUCGCCUUUGUGUACCUCCGCCGUCGCCGCGCUGCGUCGCUGCCUGUCUCCGAGCAUGCAAUGCCGGCGGCAUGCGACCGCCUCUCGACCGCAAGUUCAACAGGGCGCAAGUCGAGCGCGUCGGCACUGUCGGACCCAAGCCUCUCGGACCCGAUGCUGGCGUCGUUUCCGGAUUACCUCCGGCUGCCCGCCCCGACGCGCAUGGCGCUCGUCAAGCCGAGUCGCAAGCUGCUCCAAGGCGUGUUUGAGGACCGUGACGUGGUCAUCAAGUACGUUUCCAAAGAUUCGCCGGACGUCGAGACGUUCUUGUCCGACCUCUGGCACGUCUCGAACCUCCAGCAUGUGAAUCUGGUGCUCUUCCUCGGCGUUGCGUCCUUCCCGCGCCUCGACGAUGCGUGCGUCGGCGCGGUCGUCGAGUGCAUGGAGAAAGGGUCCUUGGCGACGGUGCUCACGAAUCCCAAGAUCGUCAUCUCGGACGAUAUCGAGUGGAACAUGUGCAUGGAUGUGGCCACCGCGGUGCAGUUUGUCCACGGCCGCGGCCGGUCGGUGCCGUGCUUGACAAGCCGCAAGUUCCUCGUCAACGCCGAGAUGCAAGUCAAGCUCAACGUGCUGAGUCUGCUCACGUACUCGGAUCUACGCCUCCCGGACGGCCAUUCGUUUGGGAGCCAGCGACUGGCGCACAAGGCGCCCGAGGUCCUCCGCGGCGACUGCAUGGACGAGUAUGCGGCUGACGUCUACUCGCUCGGGCUGCUGCUGGCCGAAAUUUGCACCCGGUCGCGGCCGUUUGCCUCCGAGCUGCGCGACCGGGGCAGUGUCGGCGUCGAUGUCUUCUUGAUGGACCGAGCCAUGAAUGGCACAUGCGCACCAGACGUGCUGCCGUACGACGUGGCGACGCAACUCGGUGCAUACCCGGCCGAGCUGCAAGCGCUCUUGCUGCGCUGCUGGGCGUGGGACGCGUGCGACCGGCCAUCGAUGGACGAGGUCGUCGCUGUGCUGCAGAUCGUCUACGAGGACCGCUACGUCAUCUAACCCCAUACCAACACGGAUGCUGCAUGUUCCUCUUCUC